CCUUAACAGUUAUUUUUUGAUAGCUUAUGUUUACAAGCUUUUAUCACUAUAGCAAAUUGUUAUUAUCUUCUAUGCAUGUAUACAUCAAAAAUUGAACAGAUUAACGAGCUGGAGUGCUGCAGUUAUGGCAAUGUAGAUUCUGUUCAGUACUAGAUUGUUUGAUAACGAACUGCACAAUCUAUGUCGACGUUAAGUUGAACUGAAAAGUAAAGCUCCCAAUAAAACAGUAUUUAUUCAUCUUUUAGCGCAUAGCUCGGUAACCAAAAAAAAAGAAAGUCUUAUCACAGAAAAGAAAACAACGAAAAGAAUAAACAUGGCGGUUUCUUUGCUUUAAUUUGUGAAAAGGAAACAGUUCUAAGAGGUAAGCUAAUGAAACUAAGGCAACUUAAAUUGAAAACCUGUCAAACUAACGCGUCAGCCAAUCACAGUGGAGUUAUUUAGAAUUCCAUUUGGAAAGCAUUGAAUUAGAAGGUCGAAUUUUAAUUACGAUAUUUAUGUUUUUGAAACAGAGCAAUAUUACUCGACAUCGAAAUAAUUUUGGCGAUGAAGUGCAGUUUUCGAGGCGACUGUGAGCGCGGUAUUUGCUUUAAACGUUCGUUGGCUUAAUGACAACUGUUUCUGAAGUGAAACACUUUUCAUCGACUUUUAGCAACAAGACUACUGAGUUGUCAACAGAGGAAUCGCUUUCCUCAAGCAACCAUUCUGGAAUUGCAAUGCAAGCUGUGUUUGGAGGAAUCGCACUUCUCUCGUUUCUUGGUAACUUUUUAUUCUGUGUGGUUCUUCUAAGAAAGAGAUAUCUGCUGAAAAAACCUUAUAACAUUCUACUCCUUGUGUUGGCUGUUACCGACAUGCUAACAGGUGCUGUUGUAAUGAUUACACCUGGUUUUAUCGUACCAGUAAAUAAAUUUCCUUAUUCCAGGGGUACAGCCGGCCUAUUGUUCUGUCAUCUAAUUGACACCAGGUUCCUAAUCUUUGUGAUGGGCAAGGCUUCGGUCUUACUCGUGAUGUGCCUGGCAAUUGAACGCUGGUUCGCCUCCGUCAAACCUCUGGAGUACAGAAUCAGAUUUACCAGUAAACGUCUUGCUGUUUACAUUAUAAGUAUUUGGAUUUCAACCUGCGUCUUCCAAUUGUAUCGUCUUUUUCGCAAAAUACCAGGAGAAGAUGGCUGUCAAUGGGCAAAGAAUUCAUUUGGUCCGCGCAGCCUCAAGGCACUCAUAAUAUCAUAUGUGUUUGUGACUUUCAUAUUGCCGAACAUUAUAACGUGGGCCUCCUUCCUCCAUAUUUGGUUGAGUGUAAGAAAAUCACCCGCAAUGAAUACGGCCAGCGGUAAUCAAGCAAGAAGUAGGCUUUUACGCAUGUGUGUUUUGACAGCGUUGUUCUUGACACUGUGUUGGUUUCCUGAUCAGCUGAACUAUGUUCUUAGUUUAUUUGAUGUCACCUCUCUGGCGAGUCCCAUAAGUGAUUAUUUCCUUGUGCUAGCUUUGUCCAACUCUUGCGUAAAUCCGUUGAUUUACUGCUUUACAAACAAGGCUUUUCGCAAAGAAUUUCGAAGUUUAUUUACUUUCAGAGUUUUUAGCCGAUCGGGAUUUUGCCUGCCAUUGAAAAAGUCUGCUUACUGUUUAAAGGACAUGAAAGGAACAGAAGAUUUUAAAGUGACUUUUGAUAACCCUGUUGAAUUAUCUCAAUACAAAUUGUACAUUUAAUUGAAUUUUGUCCUCGGUUUGAACAACAUUCGCAUCAAAUAUUUACUUUUAUCAGGUUUGUCUAAAAUCAAUUCUUACUACAUUACCACCCUUCAUUUGUUAAUUAUCAUCGCUAAAUACCAUUUGGUCGAUCGUUUAUUGCAUGAACCUACAAUCGGCGACAAAAAUGUUGACACGUUCACCUUUUUAACGCCCUAUUUCCUCACUGUGGUCCCUUUUUGCCCUCCUAGCUUGUCCUUUCAACCACCUUCCCCCACCAAACAAUGUUGUGUGGCAAUUGCUGUGAUCCUGAGCUACAAACAAGCAACGUUGAAUGGGGGUGCGGGGUGUUUUACACGGUAUAUUGCACGGUAAAAAGACUGGUGUUAUUUGGUGCGCUUAAAGUACUUUUGAAAGACAAUGUGUCAACUAAUUAUGUCGCCGAUUGUAGUUUAAUGAAUGGACUUUGAUUAAUUUCAAAGAAAAAGCGCAGUAUAAGUAUUAAAUAUUAUUAUCAUAAUGGUUACCACCAGUCUCUGACGUUCGGUGGCUGCGGAGCAUCUGGACUAGUAACCAGGAGGUCUUAGGUUCGUUAAUUUCCUACUUUGAGAACUCGGAAUUCUCCUUUCUGGUACACCACCUGUACCACCAAAAAUCUCAUCUCCAGAGCCAGCGAAUUUCCGGUCAGCGGUGACUUAACGCGCGGCACUUUUAGCGAAAUCAAAAACAGGAACCAGAAAAUCCUGGGCCGGGUUGUUCAAAGUCCGAUGAAGCUAAACCAGGAUU